GCCAAAACGAAGAGCGAGAGCUUCCAGCUCAACCAAACCAGUGAAGGCUCAGCCGCGAUCUGCACUGUGAAUGGGAUUUAGUUGCGUGUUAGAAAUCUUGUCGGUCGGUGAUGGUUUCAUACGUACGCGGACCACUUAUAGCCCUCUUUUUUGUCCGUUUAUUCGUUUAUAGUGUCGCGAAAUCGUGAUCUUGAAGUUUUUGUUAUUGUGCUGUAUCUUGUUCAUCCCAUCAUCCGGAUGGCAUUAAGUGUGUGAUCACCUCCGGUUUUGAAGUAUGUUUUGUCCUUUUGGAUGAUUUGUCCAUGAACCGCGAUUCUCGGAAUCGACGAAUACAUGAUCUUAUACGCGAAGAAUCAACUGAAUGAGUGUUAUGUUGUGUAGUGGCUUAAAAUUAACAAAUUCUGUUCCAAUGUGGUGUUCGUGCUUCGUGUUCUGGAACACAAGAGAUUGCUCCACACUCCAUUUAAAUCGAGCUGUCUGUGUUAUUAAUGUGCAAUAACAGUGCUUGCUGCUUUUUCGCUUUCGCAAGUGAAAACGCUAGUUUCGGCAAUAGCGCAAGCCCACCCGCAACCGGUGGCAAUUCGCCGCGCUGUUCCGCAAGCAUCAAACCAAGCCGCAAAAGUGCAAAACCGUAAAACUAACGUGUCGAAAGCAAGUGCGGUCGAAUAAGUGCAGUCAAUACUGUUUUGUUUGAACACAGGCAGUCAGUCGAGUCGGGCGAAAAAGGUGACAACAUAUAAGUUGGCUGCGAAAUUGACAGCAGACCCUGCGUGUGUAAAAGGUGAAGAAGAGAACGGUAAUGUGCAUUAAAUUAUAAUAACGCUAAAGUGAUACAAUUAGCGAAAAGAGUAAAAGCGGAGAAUCAAAGUGUUGUAACCGGUUUCGGCGAAGAAAACGUGCUUAGCGAACUGACUAAUCACAACUAAACGGAGGUAUGCGGCAAACAAAGUAAGCGAACCGGUGUGCAAGUGAAUGCGAAUGAAUGAACAAGCCGGCAACUAUCGACAAAAACAAUACCAGCGAUUCAUCGUCGGCUUCUCCCGCAUCAUCCACUACACCAUCGUCCCUGUCGUCAUCCUCGACCGCAUCGUCGGCUGGCGGUUCGCUUCGGGGACUUGGCAGUGCACUGCGGCAACUUCAGCAACACCAACGAAAACGUAACUUUCUAACCGCACCAGCACAGUCAAGCCCCGUUCCAGCCGUAGCAACUGCCGCAAUCGCCGCUGCCGCCGCCACCGCCACCACAACCAGCACAAUGCUGCUAACAAGUGCCCACGAUCAUCAUCUCAACUUUGUGAUGGGUUUCAUCAAGGAGGAUGAAAUCUAUAACAGUGGCAAUUCUUCCUCCUUCUCCAGUAGUGGUGGAGGUGGUAUUGGUGACGGUAGUGGAGGUACGGCAAGCUCCUCGAUCGUUUCGACAACCACGGAUACCUCGUCGGAGGACAACUCGCUUGUGGUGCCCACAUUGACGUCGAGGCUUCUUGACAGCCUAAACGAUGAUGUAAGAACUAUUUCUGUAUGUAUUUCUAUUCUUUACAUUUGCUACAUGAAAUGGAACGAGGUGAAUUGAUUAAGCUGUUGCCCUUAGGUUCGAUGAUUGGCUGUAGAUAGUGAUAACGCUGAGUUACUUCCGAGCGGGAGCUUCGGGGCUAUGUGUCGUACUGAAAAAACAUAUGCAAGCAGCCGCACAAGAUUUGGUCGACUUACAAAGCUCGAAACUUUUCUAUUGUCUUUGUUGUACUGAUUUAAUUUAUCCUGUUUUGUAAUUUAUUGAUAGAUUAAUGAGUAGAGUAUGUUUGUGUUUUUGGUAUGAAAAAUACUCCCCUUAAAAAUAAUAUCAAUUGCUGUAUGAGUCUUUAGGAGCUAUGAUGAUGACAUAAAAAUUUGCGUCAAGCUGUUGGUAACCGGUUAUCUAUAUGAAGUCACCUAAUAUUAACCAAUCGAACUACGAGCAGCCGGCUUUCGGAUAUGUUGCUUCCUACUAUUCUUAGAAUUAUGUGAUAAUGACAAUAAUAGCUGGUGAUUUUCUCGUUAUUUGAGUCCUAAUGGAUUGAUGAUGAUGAUGGUCUCACAUCAUACCCCCACAAAGGUGUAAGCUGAAAGAUUUAUCUAGAAGAUAAUUAAUAUUUUGGAUUCAUAACAAAACCCCUUAACAAAAAACCUGUUUUAAUCCACCUAUAGGUGCAAUUGUGCCUUUCUCAUUUUUCCAAACUAUGAUUUAAUAACUGGUUCGUACAAUAUAACAUUAUGGAAAUGUCUUUCAUUCUUAUUACACUUGGUAAGUAUAUAUAAGAGCACCUUUUUGCAUUCAUCGAGGUAUCGGUUUUAAUCGGAGUUUUCUAUGUGAUCGCACUCCACAACCCGUAACUCCGGAGCUGGAAGUCGGAUGGAGAUGGAAUUUAAUAUCAGUUUCCGGGGACGCAACACCUUUCAUUUGAGACUAAGUUGAUCAAAUCGUUCUAGCCAUUUUCGAAAAACCAAUAUAACCGUUAUUCUGAAUUUGGAUGCUUCCUGAUCCGUCGAUAGUGGCCAGUGUGGCCAAAGAGACUUUGAUGGUGACCUAGAUCUACAAAUUCAACAGUUGUGUUUAUAUUUUGGAAAAAAUCACCUCACCAAUUCAUCGCAGAAUUCGUUAGAAUCGGGAUUUGCUGCGUGAUCGUACGUAUCACCCUGUAAUUCAGGAACCAGAACUCGGAUCCACACAAAAUUCAACAGCAGCUGAUGGACCUUUCAUUUAAAAUCAAGUUUGUCAAAAUCGGUUCAGAAAAUUCCGAGAAACCGAUGUGGACAAAUCAACAAAUUUUGUUUUGUAACCAUACUCUUCAACUCGUAAUCCGGAACAAGAUGUCGGUUGAAAAUGAAAUUCAAUAGCAACCUCUGGGAAUAUUAUACCUUUCAUUUGAAUCUUAGUUUGUAAAAAUCGGUUCAGCCAUCUCCAAGAAACCGAUGUGAACAUUUUGUUAACAAAUCCGCACAUACACACAUACAUACAUACAUACAUACAUACAUACAUACAUACAUACAUACAUACAUACACACAUACAUACACACAGAUAUUUUGCGAUCUCGGCGAACUGAGUCGAAUGUUAUAUGAGACUCGGCCCUCCGGGCCUCGGUUAGAAAAUCGGUUU